AUGGCUGACCCUGCAGUGAAACACGUAGUUGCGGUUCUAAAAACAGUAUUAGAUGAAAUCCAAUCCAAUUUAACCGAUGAAAGUCAAAAACCUAGCUCAAGUGCAAACGUUCCAUCAAUACCAUCCACAUCCACUGGCAUCCGACAUCGAUCAAUACCAUCCACAUCCACUGGCAUCCGACAUCGAUCAAUACCAUCCACAUCCACUGGCAUCCGACAUCGAUCAAUACCAUCCACAUCCGCUGGUGCCGGCUUCGCUGAAGCAGCCCGAAGAGAUUUCAGGUAUUGUGUAUUUGGAAAAUGUUUAAAAAUGUAUUUUGUAACCCACUUCUGGCCACCGUACGAACUGUUCCACUCGAAGUUAAUAACCUGUGUACAAACUGUGUUUAUUUAAUGUAAAUUAUUACAGCAUAAUAAUACAGUCUGUAGAGGGCCCCCUAUUCUUUUUGCGUGAAGCGUGAAGGGCUUAUUUUACUUAGCCGUGAAACGUGAUCGGGCCCCCUAUACUUUUUGCGUGAAGCGUGAAGGGCUUAUUUUACUUAGCCGUGAAACGUGAUCGAUGAUUUUCUUAAUCCGUGACUCGUGAAAAGGCAAAAUAUUUUUACGUGAAAGCAUAUUAUGAAGAGGUAUAGGGGGGCCUCUCUGUAGGGCCGUGCCACCCCAAAAAAGGGGCCCAACUUGCGGGGAGGGGGCCCCGGCAUGCUGGAAUUGCAAAAUUUUUAAAAAAUGAAGGAUUUGUUUGCUAAAUUUUGGAAAUUUCAGGAAAAUGUAUUGCGAAAGAUUUUGGGAACGUUUGUUUUCGAAAACAUAACAUCGACCUCCCACCCCCCGUCGCCAACUUUCUGUGGAAAAAUUUUUGCUUUCCUGGAAAAAUUGGGGGGGGGCCUGGAAUGGAAGGGGACCCAAAUUUUGGAAUACUCCCCCCCCCCAACCAGAAACCGGUUGGCACGGCCCUGCCAGUCUGUAUACAGGCAGGCUAACUGCCUAUCACCACUUGAAGUCGAUACAAUGUUUUUUUAAAGUAUAACUUUUGCAUUUUAACCAUGUUUAAAACAUGUCAAAUGAAUAUCAAUAUCUGUAGUGUGGUGUAUAUUUGACUUUUCACAAAUGAGAAAUUUCACAAAUGGCAAUUCAAUUGUAUACAAUUUAAUGUAUGUUGAAAUGUCAUUACAGUAAACUGCUAAUGUGCUAAGUUGAAUCAGGGAUGGAUUUACUGGGGGGGUACACCUCCCUAGCCCUGGCCAGAGGGGGUGUAGGGGGGGGUGCUAUUUUUUAUGAUAAAGCAAAAAAUUAUUAGAGACAAAAUGAGAUACAGUAAUUUGAGUAAUGACAUGAUGAUAAGCGAACUGUGAACAGCAAUUACAAUUCAAAUACUGUAAUCAAGCAAGACUUUGCAGUAGUGAAGCAAGUUGAUGGGCGGGCAGCACACAUGACCGACACAACUCGGCACCAGAGCUGGGACAGCACCCCCCCCCCCCUACCAGAUCAUGCUGGAUCCAUCCCAUCAAUGAUGCUUUUUUUAAUUAUGUGUGGUAUAUAUUUGAAUUUAUACCACGUUGCAUAUAAAAUCAUUUAAAAUGUUGUGAGCCAAGGGUAAGGGGGGAGGGGGGGGGGGGCUGUUGAUUACUGAUUAGUUAUAAAAAUUGUUCAGCCUAGCAAGAAAUGUACCCCCUAAAACAGGAUAUUUUAAAAAUUGGCCCAGGAUUGCUGAUUAAUGACAUUUAUUUUUGCAAAUAAUAUUAAAUGAAAUAUUUAAUUUGUGGAAACACCACAUAAAUUUAUUAUUGCAAAGCUUUCAAUCUGUAAGCUGGUCGUAUGUGCAACUGAUUUUUAAUUAAAUUGUAAUUUUGCACUUGGGUUUGGAGUAUAAAAUGAAAUUGAAAAAGGAUUUAAUAUUCCAAUAGUGUGUUACAUUGACCUUUUUUAGGGAAAAAUUCCCAUUAUUCAUGGGUGAGCAGAAGAUAUUGAUAGACAUAUCCAGGGUCUUUUGGUCUAGAGGGGUCCGGGGGCAUGCUUCUCUAAAAAUAUUUAAUUUCUAGGUUAUCUGAAAUACUAUUUUCAUGCUUUGGCACAUUCUAACAGUUUUUCCAGAAAAUCUACCCCCUCCCCCUACCCUCCCAAGUCAAGUUUCUCCCGGGAUUGAGAGUCAUUAGGGAACAGUAUUUAGGACCAUUGCUAGGGGGUAUACCUGUCACAAUUUUUAGGACCAAGUACUCUUUUUACACAUUUGUAAUUUUGUAUUUUUUGUAUUUUGACCCUGAUCCCAACCCUAAACAUAACCGUAGUCCUAGCCCUAACCCUUACUGCAAUCCUAACACUUACUGCAAUCCUAACCCUUACUGCAAUCCUGACCCUUACUGCAAUCCUAACCCUUACUGCAAUCCUAACCCUUAUUCAAAACCUUAGACUCCAAACUCUAAUCCUAAAAUUCUAAAAAUAGUAACUGUUUCUAAAUUGUGACUCCUGUGCAGUCUUGCACUACAAUGGGUUAAUUGGUUUAUAUCUAUAUUUUCAGCCUAUCAUUCCCCAGUCUUGGAGGUGGUGGGAAAAGAAUGCCAUUAAGCCAACCAAAACGUGAAGUUAAAAGAGCCAAAGCUGUUGUAUUUCAACCAAGAAAGACUUGGACUCAUGACUUCUGUCUCUUGUCUAACCCCAGUUGCAAUGUUACUCCUUCAAUAAGUCAAUUGACAAAAUUGAAAGAUGCAGGUUUAGGGAGGAAAAGGAUCACUUUUCCUGACAAAAAGGCAUCUUUUAUGAAAUUUAAGUCCAGCCUCGAGGAAGAAUAUCCUAAGUUGAAAGAUCAGGACGGAGCAUUUGAGAUAAUGCGAGCCCAGGGGGGUGGUAACUCAAGGCCACUCCAUCUCAUUAAAAUCCCAUCUGAAGGAUACAACAUACCAUAUUUAAGAGAAGUGAUUGGUACAACCACAUUGCUAUAUAUUAGACCAAUCAAGUGUGUGAUAUCCACAGAAAAGUCGGAUGUGGAAGCAACAUCAACCUCGCCGACAACUGAAUGCAGUGGUUGCCAAGAGCGGAUGCCAAUCUCAAGCUUGCGCCAGCAUAAGUUUGAAUGUAAAUCAAUGAUCUGCAACUCUGAUGACAGUGACGAUGAAAUUAAUAUGCAUAAAGAGGACACCAAAUCCAGUACUGCAUCAAAAUUUCAUGAGGAGAAGAAAAACUCACAACAUGAUGAAGUUAUCUCAAUUCUCGAUGAUGGUGAAGGCACUUCUAAGCAAACAUGGUCUAGUCAGCUUAAGCACGUAUUCCCUGAUUCAGAAAUGGAAGAGCUGGAAGAAGUAUCCUUACAAUCUGCAUCAUUAGAUGAAGCUGCUGAGCUUAUGUUAAACAAGCUUGGAAAUGAUGAAGAUGAAGCUACGUCAAUAGAAGAUCUUGUUGAAACGUUUGCCAAGAGAAAUUCAUUGGAAAGUGGUGAAGACGAAUUUGUAAUUGUUGACCGAGAGUCGUUUUGGAUUGAUGUCAUAAGGUUUUAUAAAAAAGCAAUUGGAAAACCAGAACUUUUAAAAAGAGAGUUGUCUGUGUCAUUCAAGAACGAAGAUGGUUUGGACGGUGGUGCAAUGAAAAUUGAGUUUUUUUCGCUUGCUUUACAAGAAGUAAAAAACAGAUUAUUUGAAGGAAACGAGGCUAACUUGAUUCCAAUUAAAGAUGCAACAAAGUGUUUGCUUUUUCAACUUGCAGGAAUGAUUAUUAGUCAUUCACUUUCACAACAAGCGUCUAUUGGUUUCCCUGUUCUUGCACCCUAUGUCUAUGUAUACAUGGUCGGUGCAGGUGAAGAUGAGGUCGCUACACUUAUGAAUAAAAGCUUUAUUCCUUUGGAUGCUUCCACAUCUGUUUUGCACGAUUUUCUCACUUCCCUUGCAGGUUGUGAAAAUGAUGCUGAUGUAGAAUCUCUUCUUGAGAAAAAUAAAAUGAGUGAAGCGUUUUGGCAACUAAUAAAUUCCUCUCGGUGGCCAAAGGAGCAGGUGAUCGAUAUCGAGACAAGAGAUUUCCUCCUGCAGCACUUGGUGUAUCAUGAAUUGUUGACAUCACAAAAGAAUGAAAUUGAAGAGUUGAAAGAAGGAUUGAAAUCAUUGGGUUUACUCGAUCUUAUCGCCAAAAAUGCCGAAAUUUUCUUAUUCUGUGCAGAUAAGAGUCGACAAAUAAAUGCUGAUGUCUUGAACGAUAUGAUGCUGUCGAUCUCACCGUCUAAUUUUGCAGAGGAACAGUCCCAGAAAUGGUUCCUCGAGUACCUUGGUCUUAAAGCAGAUCCAGAUUUUCCAGGAGAUAGCCGUUGUCGAUCAUUACUACAGUUUUGGACAGGCUGGUCGGUGGUUCCCUUCAGUGGUCUGACAAAAAGGCUGAAGGUAAUAUUUCUUCCUGAUGAUGACAAGUGUUGUCUCCCAACAACCUCCGCUUGCACAAAAACACUGAGAUUACCAACAGUCCAUAGUUCUCGGGGGAAAUUUUUUCAAUCUAUGGAUGUUGCAUUGAAGUACGGAAAAGUGGGCUUCCCAAAUCCGUAA